AUGCCACCCAAGAAGAUCCUCAUCGUCCUCAGCGACGCGCACUCCUUCCCACUCAAGAAAACCUCCGGCCCGGACGCCGGCAAAGUCGUCGACCAGCCCUCGGGCUUCUUCCUCAUGGAGCUCGCCAAGCCGCUCCAAAAGCUCCUCGACUCCGGCCACGAGGUCACCUUCGCGUCGCCCAAGGGCCAGGAGCCCGCACCGGAUCCGAACAGCGAGUCGCUGCUCGCCUUCGCGGGCAACUUCUACGAGCGCCGGCGCGAGAAUGAGCUCAUCGAGCGCAUGAAGCGCGAGAACGGCUUCAGUCGCCCGCGGCCCCUCAGCUCCAUCAGCGACGAGGAGCUGGCCACCUUCGCCGGCCUGUUCAUUCCGGGCGGCCAUGCGCCGUUGGCGGAUCUGGGCGAUGAUAAGGAUAUGGGCCGCAUUCUUCGAUACUUCCACAAGGAGAAUAAGCCUACGGCGGCCAUUUGCCAUGGCCCGUAUGCGUUGUUGAGUACGAAGAAGGCGGGCGAUGGGGAUUUCGUCUACAAGGGGUAUCAUAUUACUUCGUGGAGUGAUGUUGAGGAGAAGGCUAUGGAGACGUUGCUCGGUGGUGAGGUCGAAAAGGUCGAGUCCCGUCUGAAGGAGGAGGGCGCUAUCAUGGAGACGGGCGUGUCGGAGAAGAUCGGAGGAACGACGCUCCAUCGCGAGCUGUUGACUGGUGGCAACCCCAUGGCGGCGGAUGAGCUUGGGAACCGCUUCUUGAGGAUGAUCAGUGUUUGAGGGUCGCCUUGAUGCAUCCGUUUAAUGAUCUUGUAUGAGAAUAUGACUUGUUUUAAUACCUGGAAGUCCCUGGUGAAAUGUUAAUGAAGCGGCUAUGCCAUCAAGUUGACGCGAUUGGAGUAUCGUAUUGUGCGCAUUUCGUUCGUAUAUCUAGUAAGG